AUGAAAAAGGACGAUACAUCAUCAUCCGAAGUACUUAUUGAUAUCGAGGACACAUCAACUACCAUUGUUGAAUCCGAUAUCAAAUUUGAUACCACACCACCUAUAUCACUUCCCGAUACAUCUGUUACACCAAAACAAAGUUUUCUAACGAAUAAGAACACUGUUAAUUUUCUCGCAGGUGGUAUUUCGGGAAGCAUUGCUAGCGUAGUAACUCAGCCUUUGGAUGUAUUGAAAACCCGAUUUCAAAGCUCAGCUAAAAUUUACAAUGAUGCAGCAACGAAACAGAACUUCCUUCUUAAAAUUAUUGAUUCUUUAAAAAUUACAGCAAAAACUGAGGGACUUCAUGGAUUAUUUAGAGGAUUAAUACCAAAUAUUGCUGGUAUUUUUCCUUCAAGAGCAAUUUACUUUGCAACUUAUUCAGGAACUAAGGAUUUGAUGAGCAAAUAUUGUGGACUCUCUUCAGACAGUCCACUUGUUCAUAUUGGAAGCGCCGCAGCAUGUGGUGUUGUCGUACCAGCAGUUAUGAACCCAAUGUUUUUAGUGAAAACUAGGAUCCAAUUAGAUUUAUACAAACCCAAUUCGUCACGUGGCAGUAACACACCGAAUUAUAAUGGAUACAUGGAUUGUAUCAGCAGAAUUUAUCGAGAUGAAGGAGUGAAAGGUUUUUACAAAGGUCUGACAGCUUCGUUCCUUGGAAUAUUUGAAACUGCAAUUUAUUUUGUCUUGUAUGAACAAGUGAAACGAAUGGCCUUAAAAUCAACUAGUAGUUCAGAAGGAGAAACUCCCAAAUUCACUCCACUUACCUACAUUACAGUGAGUGGUGGAUGCAAAUUAGUUGCGAGCGCCAUAACUUAUCCACAUGAGGUUGUGAGAACAAGAAUGAGAGAGAUUGUAGAUGGAAAAUGUAGAUAUGACAAAGGCAUGAUUAAUGCAUUCAAAACAAUAGCGAUAGAAGAAGGAACAAAAGGUCUAUAUUCUGGAAUGGGAGCUCACCUUAUUAGAGUUGUGCCCAACACAGCCAUCAUGUUCCUCUCAUUUGAAUUCAUUACUCACUUUAUGGAAAAACAUUAUGGAACAGGAAAGACCACGCAUUAA